AAAACCAGUGUUUGCUCAAACUAUGCUUCGUAUCAAGGACCCGAAGAAGAGCAGAACGUUUUACGAGAAACAAUUGGGAAUGCAGUUUUUAACUCGUUUUGACUUUCCUAGUCUUGCAUUUUCACUUUACUUCUAUGCAAGUACAGAGCAAAAGAUUCCAAAUGAUCAUUUAUCACAAGCAGAAACUGCCAAAUGGCUGUGGAACGUUCAAUGUCCAACCUUAGAACUGACUUACAACUGGGGAACUGAAAAAGACUCUGAAUUUCAUUAUCACAACGGUAACGAAGAUCCUAAAGGUUUUGUGCAUGUGACAUUUGUUGUGAAUGAUGUAAAAGAAACAGUUGAAGAGCUUCAGAGUCAAGGCGUUCCCGUAAUACAACAUCCAUCUCAUUCCGAGAUUGGAAAAUGCGCAUACGUCUCGGAUCCAGACGGCUAUUGGAUCCAAUUGGUUUCAGGAGAACGAAAAACAGGAUAUCUCUAUUCCAAUACAAAAAGUGUCGAUGAUGUUAAAAGUAGCCCGGUCUUAGCAGAGACAAUGCUUCGUAUCAAAGACCCUGCAGUUAGCAAAGAAUUUUAUGAAAAAGGUCUUGGAAUGAACUUUCUUGGACAUUUGGAGAUCCCUUCAUCUCGCUCAACAGUCUAUUAUUACGGCUAUGCAAAUUCUUCUUCUAAUGAGAUCUACUCAAUGAUAAACAAGUUCAAAACCUACCAAUGGACGAUUCCUAGAAUGGCACUUCAAUAUUUAUGGGACUCGGAGUCUGAUUCCUUCUUAUCUUAUCAUAAUGGCAACUCAGAGCCCAAGGGAUUUGGACAUAUUGGUUUGACAGUCGAUGAUAUCUAUGGCGCCUGUUAUAGAAUACAGAAAGCCGGUUAUAAAAUCAUUCGCAAACCAGGUCCUUUUCAAGAUGUCGGUGAAAUCGCAUUUGUAUCAGAUCCUGACGGCUAUUGGAUUGAACUGAUUCAGCGCAGUUCGUUGAGGUCUCCAAAAUCAGCUUUAUGAGGCAUUUUUCAAACCUGUUAAAGUAAAAUUCUCAUGAGUAAAUGCCACAUUUACUAU